GAGAACUCUCAGCUUCAAUGUGUUCAGUGUUGACCUACAUACUGCUGAUGUCAGAAGAGGUGAUGGAUAAGUUUGACAUGAAGAUGUACAACACAUCACCUGCAAACUACAUGAGACUGAUCCCAGCUGUGAGAUGCUGCAGAAAAGCUGAAUUGACAGACUGUACUUUCUCUGUGGAGUGCUGUGAAAGUUUAUCAUCAGCUCUACAAUCAUCAAAUUCUCCUCUCAUAGAGCUGAACCUGAGUUACAAUAACCUGCAGGAUUCAGGAGUGAAGCUGAUCUCUGAUGGGCUGAAGAGUCCACACUGUAAACUGGAGAUACUGAGAUUAUGUGACUGCAGGGUGACAGAAGUAGGCUUUUCUUAUCUGGCUUCAGCUCUGAGGUUAAACCCCUAUCACAUAAGAGAUCUGGAUCUGAGCUUCAGUCACCCAGACGUCUCAGGAGUAAAGCUGCUUUCUGCACUAAUGGAAGAUCCAUGCUGUAGACUGGAAAAACUCAAAUUGACAGGCUGUAAUCUCACUACUGAGUGCUGUGCACUUUUAUCAUCAGCUCUACAAUCAUCAAACUCUCAUCUGAAAUUGCUGGACCUGAGUUUAAAUCACUUACAGGAUUUAGGAGUGAAGCUGAUCUCUGGUGGACUGAAGAGCCCACAAUGUAUACUGGAGAAAUUGAGAUUAUAUGGCUGUAAAUUGACCGAAAACGGCUUUUCUUAUCUGGCAUCAGCUCUGAAGUCAAACCCAUCACACCUAAGAGAGUUGGAUUUGAGCCAUAAUCUCUCAGGAGUGUCAGGAUUGAAGAUGCUUUUUGAUCUUGUGAAAGAUCCAAACUACAGACUGGAGAAUCUUGAAGACCUGUGAUCUCACACUGGAUUCAAGCACAGCACAUAAUGAGAAGCUAUAAGAGAUUGAAUGUGUGUGUUCAGGUUUUGUGUAGAGAGACGCUGUCUCAACACUCUUACUGGGAAACUGAAUGAAGUGGAUUGAUGAAUCUGCAAAAAGAUGGAGUAUUGACUUCAAGUCCUAGAGUCUGAGCUGCUCUGACUUGGUUUGGUUUCUGGCACAGUUAUAUGCUUUCCCCACAUAUUUCUUUCAAAGAGGAAAUACACUUAGUAAGAUGAUAAAGACUUAUUACUUAAAAUUACUUCACAUUUACACCUAUUUAUUAAAGGUAGAGCGGAAGAUUUUCUUUUUCCGGGUGGAUCAUCAAGAUUAUUGGUCAUCCUAGUUUUCAAUCAUUCAGAUGAUAUGUUGACGUAAGGUCAACAUGAAGGUACGUGCUCGUCCCUAGGUUCGCUUUCUGCACAUGCGCACUUUGAGGUGUAUAUGUGUGGUGGGCUACGACUUCAGCCAUUCAUUGAAACUCGCGUUCUCACCGUGUUUUUUCAAAAUGUCUGAUGGUCGCAAGAGAAAAAGUGUCUACAAAUUGCAUGACAAGAAGAGAAAGGCCUCUGAAGAAAGAAACAAGACCAGAGUGUUUUUGGGAGAAUAUUUCACAUGCUGGCAUUGUGAAAUAUUGUAAGUUAUUUGAACAAACCAUAAUUACAUAUUAAACUACUCCAUAUAUUGAGUAUUCCCAGUUAACAGACAAAAGUUCUAAGAACGUUCCCUGUAAGAACCCAACAUUCCGCCAAUGUAAAAAGUGUCCAGUUUUCUUGACAUUCUAGGAACGUUUUUGUGUUGUGUGAACACUGGAGGAAUGUUACAUUUUACCAUUUUCAAACGUUAUGACAAUGUCAUGUUUUAAUCUUCACACAAUGUUUAAAACAACAACUGUUUAUUAUAUUGACUUGUUUGAUUGUUAUGUAAAUAAUAAAGAAACAUUGCAUUUUA